AUGGAGGAUCUUUGCGAGGCCGGCUAUGACACCAUACGUGGCCGUUAUUUAACAGAAGAUGAAAUGAAAAUGGUCUAUUUAAAAAUUGCCAAAUUUCAUGCUGCUACGUAUUUAAUGGGUCAAAGUGAAGAACCUGAAAUUGUAACAAAAUACAAUGGAGGAUUUUUCUGUAAUUCAACCAUUACUAACAUGGAUAUUGUGCGUAAUGGUAUAUGGAAUAUUAUAGAUAUGCUAUCGGAACAUGAUGAAUUUGCUGGGUAUUUGGAAAAGGUGAAAUUAAUGCAACCCCAUAUGUUUAAAGGUUGCAUGGAUCUCUAUAAUGCCUACAAAUUAAACAAAGGCCAGGGAGAUAUUUUCGUUUUAAAUCAUGGUGAUUUUCAUAUGAAAAAUUUAAUGUUUAAAUACAAUGAAAAUAACAAAUUGGAAGAUGUUAUUUUCGUGGAUUAUCAAAUUAAUUGUUAUGCACCCUCAAAUGUUGAUACCAUCUAUUCGCAAUAUACCAUGUUGAGUCCGGAAUUACGUUUAAAGAGAAAUGAAUUUAUGCAGUAUUAUUUUACGAAAUUUACAAGAGUUUUAAAGAUGUUCAACUUUAAAGGAGAAUUGCCUCGUUAUUCAGACUUUCAAAUUGCUGGUUAUAAAUAUAGAUAUUUUGCUUUAUUUUUAAUGUCCACAUUUGUACCCAUGUUUGGCACCAUAAUUACUUCCAAAGCGGAGUAUUUGAAGGACAUUGACAGCUCAAAGUUUUUAGAAAAUGUGGAUGAGUUAAACAUGGCCUACAAAACUCCCACUUUUAUAGAGGAUAUGCGAAAUUUCUUGCCAGUUAUGUUAAGGGACGGUUACUUAGAUUAG